CAAGCCCACAGAUGAAAAAGUGAAUGGUGGAUGUAAAUACAGGAGGAGGGAUGAGAGAGACAGAGAGAGUUGGAUGAGAGAAGGAGGAGCAACAACAGUAGGAGAUAUGCCUCAGAUUAUCAACCAGUGUCAGAUGCUCUAGAGACAGAUAAAGAGGAGGAGUGGACAAGAGCGUGAUAGGAGAGAGAGAGUGAGAGAGACAGAGAAAGAGGACGCACAUGCAAGCUGGGCUGCAAAGAUGACUGACGUGAAAAGCGUACCAUCCAUGGAGGUGCCAGAGGGGAAGUUGAUGAAGAAGGUCAGGGUUCAAUCAAGAAGAAGAUCGAGUCGUUCAGACGAUGGAGUUCAGCCAGUAUGAAGAGGCCUCCAAAGACAAAGGCCAAGACUCUGAGUCUGUCCUCACCUGUGGGAGACCCAGAUGACCUCUGGCUGCAAGAGGGAGACAGGAGGAAACUGCGGCCCAUCGUCGACUCCGUCUUUGGGCAGGACAGAGAUCUACGACCAGAGGAAAUGGAAGAGCUUCGCGAGGCCUUCAGGGAGUUUGACAAAGACAAGGAUGGUUUCAUCAGCUGUAAGGACCUUGGGGAGUGCAUGCGGACUAUGGGGUACAUGCCAACAGAGAUGGAACUGAUUGAACUCAGCCAGCAGAUCUGUGGUGGCAGAGUAGACUUUGAGGACUUUGUGGAACUGAUGGGUCCAAAGAUGCUCGCUGAGACUGCAGAUAUGAUUGGAGUCAAGGAGUUGAGGGAUGCCUUUAAAGAGUUUGACUCCGAUGGCGAUGGACAGAUCAGCCUUGGGGAGCUGAGAGAAGCCAUGAAGAAGCUGAUGGGGGAGCAGCUCAACCACCGUGAGAUCGACGAGAUCCUGCGAGAUGUAGACCUCAAUGGUGAUGGACAAGUGGACUUUGAAGAGUUUGUGCGAAUGAUGUCUCGCUGACUGUUCAUCAAACUUCUCUCUGCUGCACUAAACUCAACAUGGACCAGACUGUAUACCGUUAAUGUUCGUGUAAUUCUUUUUAAUGUACAAAGACUUCUUUGUGUCUGUAUUUCUUUUUUCAGUUACCUUUGUCAUCUCUCAUGUAUAAGAGAAUCCCUUCAAUGUGUUUACUGUUGUACGAAUGUAAUAUGUAUUUAACAUGUACUGAGAGAUUAUAGAGUGAUGACUCAGCAAGGGGAUGGUUUUACCAAAGCUGUGGUUUCUUUAAGUUAAUUUAUAUUUGAAUAUAUUUGAACUGCAUAUGGCAUACCAGCAACACAAAAUCUAUAUAAACAAAAUCUUGGUAUAGUACAUAAGUUACCAAAUGUGUCAGUUCACACAAAUGAGAAAAAAGCAGUUGUUUCUAGUUAGCCCUUACCCUAAUCCUCCCUUGGGGAUUGCUUACUGACUUCUGCCUCAACCUCUGGAGAUAUAUAAUGUUUAUUUUGUUGUGCAUAGCAUAGAAAAAAAAAUUGUUUAAAAACUUUAUCAUCUAUUUUAUUGUAUGUAAUUUGGGUGAAUGAAUGCUUUAAAUAUGCAGCUUACUACAGUACCUGUCUUGAAUUUGAAGGAGGAUGUAAAUAUGCAGAUUUAUUAUCAGUAUUUCAAUAAUAUCACAUCUAAAAUCUUCAGUUCAAACUUGAAUUUAACUGUAAUGAUGGUGACUGUGUGAUAUUACUGUAGUACAGAUAGCAAAAAUGAGUGCUUUGCUAGUAAUAGAGCAAAUACAUGAGAUUAUAUAUACAUAUAUAUCUUUAUUGUACAAACUGCCACAGAAAUUCAGAACAUAUAUAUUAUAUUUUCAGCGUUAUCUUCAGCUACUUUUGAUAUAAUUCAACCAAUGCAGACAGACCAAAUUCUUUCAGGUACUUUUUGAUACAGCUUUGAUAACACAAAUAGGAUGAUUUAUGGUCUUUGCUACACAUAUGCAGACAUUGAGUUUAUGUCAAUCCCUCUGUUUCCCUAUUAAAAUUAGUAGAUAAUUAGGAAAUUAAUUGGCAGAGUGGCUCAAACUACAAUUUUAUGCAAACAUAUAUACUUUUAAUGUUUUAUUUGUACAUUUCAGAUAUUUAAAAAUUGCAAAUAAAGAAAGAGGUGAAUAAAA